AAUUUGUGGUCGAAGAAUAUAAAUUAUAAAAAGUUUACACCUUUUUACAAAAUUUACACUUUGCCCCCCUACAAAACACACUCCUUUUCACUUUCUUUAUUUUUUACUCAACUUAUUACAUAAAAUCCGAGUUUCACGGCACACAGCUCACAGACCUUUUGUUUGCUUUCUGCUUAAUGGAGGGACCUUAAAAUCCUCCUCACUCUCUCUCUCUCUCUCUCUCUCUCUCUCUCAAACGUACUUUCUCUCUCCUCAUCUAGUUUCUUCUACGUUUAAUUCCUUCCGGAAUUCUUGUUGUUAAUCGGAUCUUCUUCUCUUCUGUGUUGUUUGACUCGUAAUUUCACUUCGAUUUCUCAGGUAAGUGGUUCAGAUUUUGUUAUACUUUUCAUUUUUGUUUUCUUCAGUUGAGUGGUUUAACAAAUCGGGGGUUUUCAUUUUUCAAGGCUGAGAUCUGGAUUUUGCUUUGUUCUGAGUUAAAUCCGUGUGGUUCCUUUCAAAAUUGUUUUGAAAUUUUUUUACAGAGUAGGAAUGUGUGUUUAUGUUACUGUAGAUUCGCUUUUGUUCAUUUUUUUUUUGUUAUCUAGAGUUUCGCAUGAGGUAAAAAGCUAUGAGUGGCAGAUGAGAUGGAGCAUUACUUUUUGUUUAAUUAAAUUUUGCUUCUGUUAGUUGUAGAUUUAAUGGAGAAGAUAUAGUGUUGCGUAUAUCUUCUGUUUAUGUUCAUAUAACAAAUUGAAGGAAAAAUAUCUUUUCGUUUCCUUUUUGGAAGAUUGUUCUCAAAACCUUUUUCUUUUUCACUCAUGUAAUCGAACACAAUUUUACGAAUUAGGGCUUCAGUAUGUGCUUUACAAGGCGCAUGCUGAUCUCGUGGAGUGGUCUUCAGCUGUUGAUUUAGUCAACUGACACCUUUAUUUUUGGGGAUAUGUAAAUGCAUCUUCUCUCUAGUCUCUUCCUAUGUUCCUUAACAUUUUUUUCUCGAACACUUUGCUUUAUCCAAAGAUUAACAAGAACUCAAAAACUCUCCUCGAUCUGAUGACUCCACCACUGUUAGGCGUUGAAGAUGGACAGGGAAACGUCUCAGCUUCCACCAUGGAAUCGAUUUUCCAAAAAAGCUCUGGAUUAACUGAAAGAAACUACCUUGGAUUAUCAGAUUGUUCAUCAGUUGAUAGCUCUGCUGUUUCCAAUAUCUCAGAAGUGAAAAGAAACAAUCUAAACCUUAAAGCUACUGAACUACGACUUGGUCUUCCAGGAUCUCAAUCCCCUGAACGUGAUCCACAAACAAACUCUGAGAAUCUCGAUGAAAAACCCUUAUUCCCUUUACUUCCUUCAAAAGAUGGAAUCUGUUCUUCCGCUUCACAAAAGAUCAUCGUUUCUGGAAACAAAAGAGGAUUCUCAGACACCAUUGAAGGGAACUGGAUGUUUGCUUCAUCUGCAACUGAUUCUGAUGCUUCAAAGACUCAAGGAAAAGGGAAUAAUAGUAACACUCAAUCUCCCAUGAUUAAAGAUUCAACAACAUCAUCAAAGGCACCAUUAGGUCCAUUACCAAUUAGUCUUAACAAAGUCAACAGUUCUAGUUCUAAUCCUCCUGCUGCUAAGGCACAAGUGGUGGGUUGGCCUCCAGUUAGAUCAUUUCGCAAGAACAUUUUGGCUACAAAUUCAAAGAACAAUGAUGAGGUGGAUGGAAAACCUGGACCUGGUGCUUUAUUUGUGAAAGUUAGUAUGGAUGGAGCUCCAUAUCUGAGGAAGGUGGAUUUAAGGAGUUACACUACUUAUCAAGAACUCUCAUCUGCACUUGAAAAAAUGUUUAGUUGUUUCACUAUUGGUCAAUGUGGAACACAAGGAGCUCCGGGAAGGGAAAGUUUAAGUGAGAGUAAAUUGAGGGAUCUUUUACAUGGUUCAGAGUAUGUGCUUACAUAUGAAGAUAAAGAUGGUGAUUGGAUGCUUGUGGGAGAUGUUCCUUGGGAUAUGUUUAUUGGUUCUUGCAAGAGGUUGAAGAUCAUGAAGGGGUCUGAUGCUAUUGGUUUAGCUCCGAGGUCAAUGGAAAAGUCAAAGAACAGAAAUUAAAAAAAAAAAGCUUUUGGUGAAGGUGAAGAAAUGAAGAGCCAGUUUAUGUUUUGAUUGCAUAGUUUCUAUGAAUAGUAAGAGUAAAAUGUCUGCAAGU